UACCUCGUGCUGCUCUUCCUGCUGGUGUUCGUCACCACGUUCUUGUGGCGAGCGUCCGUCUACACCGACCCGCGCCGCUUCUAGGGCCGCCAUGGCGGCCACGGCCGGGUUCGUGCAGACGGUGCUGGCCAGCGUGUGUCUGGAGACACGGCUGCCCAGCCUGCCUACCGUGCCGCCGCUGACCGCCACACGGCAGGGCUACAGCGAGGCCUGUGCGGCAACAAACGACUAUCUCCGCCUGACGGACGGCCAGCUGAUACAGUGGAUGCGACCCAGCGUCACCAGGGACAUGCAGAACCGCACCAUUCGGCUCGGCGUGAAGGAGAUGCCGACUGCCGCCUAUCUGAACUCGACACAGCAGCCAGACCGCUGGUCGUUCCGCGUCAUCAACAUCCUGGCGUCCGUCUACAACUUCACGCCGGAGUACGUACCCGUCGGCGAAUCCGAGCGGCGGCGUCCCUGA